AGUGUCUUCCCUUAGUAUAGAUGUGAUUGACUGUUAAAAAUGUCGUUGUUUUGAUAAGAGCUGUCACCAUGUUGGGAACGCGUUAAAGCAUCGUGGUGUAAAUAAAUACUUAGGUCUAAAAGCAAUAAUUCGUAAAAACGUAGAAACCCCGUAGAGACGCUAUAUAAAGUGCUUUUAAGCAAUAGUUUUAGUGUUACUAAUAAAAUUAAAUCUUCCAUAUUAAAUUUAACUUUAAGUAUAAAAUGUGGCGUGACUUUAAUUGUUAAAUAUACAAUCAAAAUGAUCUUUAUUACUAAAGUCAUAAAGCUUCAAUUACAACAAAAGUUUUCAAGCCUUAUCGCUUCGCAGCGUACAGUCGACGACGGAAGUGCAUAGCUUUGUGUUAAAUAGAAUAAUGUUAAAAAGAAAAUGCCGCAGCGCGCGCCGACAUCAUCAAACUUGAUGCGACCAUUCGUGGUGUUGGCCCUGCCCGGAAUGUAUUUGCUGUAUAAGUACAACCAGUACCGGCAGCAGCAAAUGGAGACCGCGCGGCGCCGAGUCACCGAGCGCGAGCUUAUGCACCUCAACACCAAAAUUGACAAAUUGCUCAAUAAACUGGAAGAAAAUGAACCAGAACUCGCCUCUUCGCCUGAUGAGGAAUGUGUAAUAUGUGUGAACGCGAAGGCGACGAUGCAGACGUCGCCGUGUGGGCACAGAGUGGUGUGCCGGCGAUGCUUCGUAAAGACCAUACAGAUGGCAGUCAGCCAACGCCUGCUACCGCUGCGCUGCGUCAUCUGCCGCGCCAAGAUCCUUCGGCUAAGGCAGGCACCGCGGCUUGUUACCAGCAAGAGUUGGCAGGUGUCGAGUGGCAGCGCGAAGUCGUGGGGAGUGCCAGGCUCUGUGUCCAGUUACUCAGUGGGAGCUCGCUCCGUGCCCGCCUCAGCAUCACUCUACUCCGUCACCAGCGGCGAGUCUUCCCUUUCAGGAGUGUCUUCCGUGUCAUCAAACAGCGGAGGCAACGUCCCGAAUAGCUGUUCGACGAAGUUAUGUGGAGGAGCCAAGUGUGGAGGUGCAUGCCUGGGCGCGGUGCCGAGAGCACCAGUGCCACCACGUCCGCGACAACCUGCCUCUAACUCGCUAAGACGUUCGCAACAUCAUAGUAUGAAGGCCCGGUUACAAGAUUAUCAAGUCCAUAGCUACACGGGAGGACCUACGGCUGGGGAGCCCUCGGGCCGCCUGCCACCCAUAAGAGAGUUCCAGAGGGAAUUCCGCGAGGGACGAAGAGAGAGUGCCGCUGCUGCCUCCGCCUCCACUAGAAUUAGGUGUGCCCAGAAAAUUGUAACGCAACUAGAAACGUCGCCACAAACGGAUAAGCAACAUUUCUUCCGGCCACUAAAACCUUCAAAUAAAGAUGACCCGCCUGAUUCCAGAGAUCACAGCAAAGAGACUGAACGGAAAAAAGAUAACCCCAAAUCAAAACCCAAAAAAGAGGACAAAAAGAAAAAAGAUGAUGAAAACACAAAACAAGAAGACAAAAAUAAAAAAGAUGAAAGUAGUGACAAUAGGAAAAAUGAAUUAGCAGAAAAGAAAAAGGAAGAAAAGAUGAGACUUAAGGCGGAGAAGGAGGCAAAGAAAGAAGCAAAGCUUCAAGCUAAAGAAGAAGAGAGACAAGCUAAACUGUUAGCCAAGGAAGAGGAGAAACAAGCCAAACUAAGAGCGAAGGAAGAAAAGAAAAAGGCCAAAAAAGAAGCAAAGCUCGCCGCGCAAGCUGAGAAAGAGAAAAACAAAUAGAGUUAUAACGUUUAAAUUUUACAUUGUAGAAACUCGUAGCCGUCUUAAAUUUUAGAUUUGAAAAUUGUUAUCAUUGAGGAAUCGUAAAACAAUUUUAAAUAGCGUAUUCUAACAGUCUAUUGUAGUCCAUUACGUACGGUAAAGUAGAUACUGUUAGUUUAAAUUUUAUUUUUUUACUUCGAUCGGAUGAUGAUUGUGUUUACGCUUUGAUACUGAUUUUUACAAUUUUGUUAAUAAUUAUCUA